AUCUCAGCUCAGUCUUCAAACAUCAGUCUCCAGUCUUCAAUCAGGUUGUGUCUGUGUUGUCUGCUCUAAACACAACACAAAAGAAAUUUUGCACAGAAAUACGUAAAAAACUACAUUUUAUAUCUGGACCAUGUUCUUCAAGUCGAGCUGUGCUAUUUUCGUCGCUGUGAUUAUGCUUAGUUUAUGCAUUUUGGCCACAGCUGCGCCCUAUCAGGAGCUCGAGCCUCGCAAAGGUCAUGUGCCCGUCUACAUACGUCACGGGGAUGAGGCUCUGAGUAAUAUACAUCCCGGACUCGCUGAGGCCUUCAACGAGCAGACACUGAAAGCAGAGAAUCUCGUUGAGGAAGCGGCGCCAUCAACAACCGUAGGAGCGAAAUCAGAUCUGGCUGAGAGCUCAACCGUCUCGGAUAUAGCUAGUUUUGAUGCCAUCAAAGCUAAGGAUGAAUAAGACGAAUAAUAAAUGUGAAUGCAAUUCAAUAAAUGCGUGUAAUUCGAAUGUAUCUUUGAGAUACAUUCUAG